CAGGCGCAUGACCUGUAGCACGCAUGCGUCUUGGUCCGCGGCCAAGGGCGAGCCGGCGAGGCGCGCCUGCGUGGUCCCUGCCGCCGCGCUCACGGCGCUUGUGUAAAGGCGUCUGAGAGCGUCGGGCUCGCGCCGGCGGCGCCUGCGCAGUGUCGAGGUGCACCUCCGGGGAGGCUGAAGCGGUUCCCUCUCAGGCGGCGCCAUUUUGUGGUAAGAGGGCCGAGAUUCAAAAAAAAAAAUAAUAAUAAUAAUAAUAACAAAUCCAAAAAACCACACCCACGCAAACCCACUGACCCGGUUCUGUGUGAAGCGGGCGACGGAACCAGGGUCCCUGGAAUGGCGGAGACUCUGUCGGGUUUAGGAGACGCGGGUGCGGCGGGCGCGGCGGCCGUGAGUUCCGCGGCGUCAGAGACCGGGACGCGGCGGCUCAGCGACCUGCGGGUGAUCGACCUGCGGGCGGAGCUGAAGAAGCGGAACCUCGACUCGAGCGGCAACAAGAGCGUGCUGAUGGAGCGGCUGAAGAAGGCCAUUGAAGACGAAGGUGGGAAUCCUGAUGAAAUUGAAGUCACCUCAGAAGGCAACAAGAAGAUGCCUAAGAGGCCCAGCAAAGGGAGGAAGCCAGAAGACGAGGGUGUGGAGGACAACGGGCUGGAGGAGAAUUCUGGGGAUGGGCAGGAGGAUGUGGAGACCAGCCUGGAGAACCUGCAAGAUAUGGAUAUGAUGGACAUCAGUGUGCUGGAUGAAGCUGACAUUGACAAUGGCAGUGUGGCAGACUGUGUGGAGGAAGAGGAGGAGGCCACACUCCCUGAGGGCCUAGCAGACAGCACCGAACUGGUAGAAGGCGACUUGAAAGGGCUCCCAGAACAGCUGCAGGAGCAUGCUAUAGAUGACAAGGAAGCCAUUAACAAUGUAGAUACAUCAUCAUCUGACUUCACCAUGCUGCAGGAGAUGGAAGAGGCAUCUUUGGAGCCAGAAAAUGAGAAAAUACUCGACAUUUUGGGGGAAACUUGUAAAUCUGAGCCAGUAAAAGAAGAAGGUUCGGAGCUGGAGCAGCCCUUUGCCCAGGCCACGAGUAGCGUGGGGCCAGACAGGAAGCUGGUGGAGGAAGAGGACCUAAUUGAGAGCUGCGGCCACCCGGAAGAGGAAGAGGAAGAAGAGCAGGAAGAGGAGCAGGAAGAGGAGCAGGAAGAAGAGGGAGAUUUAGCUUUGGCCAGCAGCAGCAAGUCUGAGUCUCCAAGCACUCGUUGUCAGUGGAGCGAGGCAGAUGCCCCGUUAGCAGUAGUGAAAAGGGAGCCAGCAGAUGCGCCUGGCGGAGGCACUGGGAUGGACCGCGAGCCUGUAGGGCUAGAGGAGCCAGUUGAACAGAGUAGCACGGCUGCCCAGCUCCCGGAGGCCACCAGCCAGGAGCUGGUGCGAGCGCCCACGGCAGCCCUGAGCCCUGAGCCCCAAGAUAGCAAAGACGACGUGAAGAAGUUUGCUUUUGACGCUUGUAAUGACGUCCCUGCGCCUCCUAAAGAGUCCUCAGCCAGUGAGGGCGCUGAUCAGAAAAUGAGUUCUGUGGAGGAGGACUCGGAUACAAAGAGGCUUUCCCGAGAGGAGAAGGGUCGCAGCAGCUGUGGUAGGAAUUUCUGGGUUAGUGGCCUUUCAUCUACAACCAGAGCCACGGAUCUGAAGAACCUGUUUAGCAGAUAUGGGAAGGUGGUGGGUGCUAAGGUUGUGACGAACGCCCGGAGUCCUGGAGCUCGCUGUUAUGGCUUUGUCACUAUGUCCACAGCUGAGGAGGCAACAAAAUGCAUUAGCCAUUUACACAAGACUGAGCUGCAUGGCAAGAUGAUCUCAGUGGAAAAGGCCAAAAGUGAACCCACUGGCAAAAGAGUGCCUGACAGGCGAGAUGGGGACAGCAAGAAGGAAAAGGCCAGCACCAGUGACAGGUACUCCUGCAGAGCACUACCAAGUACUGUUUGGUGGGUCUCCUGCAUCCCCGUGUCCUGGGCUUGCUCUGAGGCUUGUGGGUCACUUGAUCCUAGAUCUGCAAACCUUAAGAGGGAGGAGAAAGGUGACAGAAAAGACGAUGCCAAGAAGACGGAUGAUGGGAACACAGAGAAGAGCAAGGAUGCAGACGACCAGAAACCUGGGCCUUCAGAGCGCUCAAGAACGACCAAGUCAGGAAGCCGUGGCACUGAGCGCACUGUGGUGAUGGACAAGUCCAAAGGUGUGCCUGUCAUCAGUGUGAAGACAUCUGGGUCUAAGGAGAGAGCCUCCAAAAGUCAGGACCGGAAGUCGGCUAGCCGGGAGAAGCGGUCUGUUGUGUCCUUUGACAAAGUUAAAGAGUCUCGAAAGUCCAGAGAGUCAGAGUCGCGGAGGGAGCGGGAGCGCAGUGAGCGGGAGCAGAGGCUGCAGGCCCAGUGGGAGCGGGAGGAACGAGAGCGGCUGGAGAUUGCUCGUGAGCGCUUGGCAUUCCACCGCCAUCGGCUGGAGCGGGAACGCAUGGAGCGGGAGCGGCUGGAGCGGGAACGCAUGCACGUGGAACAGGAGCGUAGGCGUGAGCAAGAACGCAUUCACCGAGAGCGAGAGGAGCUUCGGCGUCAGCAGGAGCUGCGCUAUGAACAGGAGCGCCGGCCCGCUGUACGCAGGCCCUAUGAAGUGGAUGGCCGGCGAGAUGAUGCCUAUUGGCCAGAAGCUAAACGGGCCGCGCUGGAUGACCGUUACCACUCAGACUUCAGCCGCCAGGACCGCUUUCACGACUUCGACCACAGAGACAGAGGCCGCUAUCCCAACCAUUCUGUGGAUAGGAGAGAAGGUUCACGGUCGAUGAUGGGAGACAGAGAAGGACAGCAUUACCCUGAACGCCACGGAGGACCUGAACGCCAUGGCCGGGAUUCUCGAGAUGGCUGGGGCUAUGGUUCGAACAAGAGACUGAGUGAAGGCCGGGGGCUGCCCCCUCCUCCCAGGGGCAGGCGUGACUGGGGGGAGCAUGGCCGGCGACUUGAAGAUGACCGGGCAUGGCAGGGCACGGCUGAUGGAGGCAUGAUGGAGCGUGAUCAUAAGAGGUGGCAAGGUGGUGAGAGGAGCAUGUCUGGCCACUCAGGGCCUGGUCACAUGAUGAACCGUGGUGGCAUGUCAGGGCGAGGCAGUUUUGCCCCAGGAGGAGCUUCUCGUGGCCAUGUGAUCCCACGUGGAGGGAUGCAGGCAGGCUUUGGAGGACAGAGCCGGGGAAGCAGACCCAGUGAUGCCCGCUUCACCCGCCGCUAUUGAGCACUUAAGCCACCCAACGGUGACCUCCAAGUCCUAUCAGGACUUCCCUCCCAACAUUGUACAAAGGAUUUUUUUUUUUAUCUGCUGCCAUAUUGUAGCUUGUUACGAUGUGAAUUUGUUUUCAUUUUUGUUUGUGGUUUUUUUUUUUUGUAAUAAAGGUGUUUCUGU